UGACGGAAGAACAGAACUCCAUUACCCACAAGUCCUUUCGCGCUGCUACAAGCUGGCUCCCUCCGCUCUGGGAGUGUUUCCCAUUUAAACAAACACGGUCCUGCCGAAGAUGGCGGAGAGUUUGUAGAGGCGUCAAAGAAACUGCUCUACUCAAUGAAAGCGUCGAAGCCGGAGAUGUUGAGAUACUGAAGCUGCACUAGACCCUGAAUGGAGCUUAACUGGGGCUUGUAUUGGCCGAGGUGCUGAUAUGUGCUGAAGAUGAGUGGCGUUCCAGACAACUCGUUGGAGCCGUUGUGCUCCGACCGUAAGCGUAAACUGUCCACCUGUGAUACGCCGGGCUUAGGGUGUGACAAGCGUCGGAGGGAACAGGAGAGCAAGUACAUCGAGGAGCUGGCUGAGCUCAUCUCGGCGAACCUCUCUAACAUCGACAGCUUCAACGUGAAACCUGACAAAUGUGCCAUCCUGAAGGAGACUGUGAGGCAGAUCAGACAAAUCAAAGAGCAAGGAAAGAGUUCUUGCACUGAUGAUGACGUCCAGAAGGCGGAUGUUUCCUCUACUGGUCAAGGGGUCAUUGACAAGGACCAUCUGGGACCACUGCUCCUACAGGCCCUGGAUGGUUUUCUGUUCGUGGUGAACCGAGAGGGCAGCAUUGUGUUUGUGUCAGAUAAUGUGACCCAGUACCUGCAGUACAAGCAGGAGGAACUCAUCAACACAAGUGUGUACAACAUCAUCCAUGAUGAGGACAGAGAAGAGUUUCAUAAGAACCUACCCAAGUCCAACGCUCCAAAUGGGGCACCAUGGGGUGGAGAAGCACUCCGGCAGAAGAGCCACACCUUCAACUGUCGUAUGCUGGUGAACUUUGUUCAUGGUCAAGGUCAUGGAUUGUCAGAGGAAAGACCUGGGGCCCAACGCUACGAGACCAUGCAGUGUUUCGCCUUAACUCAGCCAAGGGCCAUGAUGGAGGAGGGUGAAGAUUUGCAGUCGUGUAUGAUCUGUGUGGCAAGACGAGUGACUGCAGUGGAGAGGACAGAGAGGUUUAGCACUCGCCAUGAACUGUCUGGUAAACUCAUUGAAAUUGAGCAACAAGCCUCUCUUCACACAACGAUGCGUCCAGGCUGGGAGGACAUGGUUCGGCGUUGCAUGCAGAUGUUCCUCCAUCGCAGCGAAGGACAGCCAUGGUCCUACAAACGCCACUAUCAAGACGCUUUGCUCAGUGGUCAUGCAGAGACACCUCUGUACCGCUUCUCCCUCUCUGAUGGAACCCCAGUUACAGCCCAGACCAGGAGCGACCUCUGCAGGAACCCAAACUCCAAUGAACCUCCCACUUUCCUCUCUACACACUUACUACAGAGAGAGCAGAACAGUUAUCGUGGAAACCCGGCUGGAGGCAUGAGACCUCAAAACGUUGGCGUGAACAACCAGAACCAACAGAUGAACAUGGGUCCAGGAGGAGGCAUGGGUAUGAACAGGGGCUACGGCAUGAAUGAACAGGGCAACAUGCCACCAAGAGGAGGACCUCCAUAUACAGGGGGCAACCGCAUGAACCAGAUGAACCCUAUGCAUCAGAUGAAUCAAAUUAACUCUAUGCAUCAGAUGAACAACAUGGGUCAGAUGAAUCAAAUGAAUUCCGUGCAUCCGAUGAACUCCAUGAACCAGAUGAAUCAGAUGAACCAGAUGAGCCACCACAGCAUGCAUCAGCAGAUGGGCCAGUUCCACGGUGGUGCUGGAGGACCUGGAGGUGGAGGCUACGGAAUGGGCAUGACCAGCCCUCCUCAGGCCAGUCCAGGGAUGAAUGGCCCUCCGCACAAUGUCAUGGGUUCACCCAGAGUCCGAGGAAGCCCCAAGAUGGGCGCCAGCCCCUUCUCUCCUGGAGGUUUGAACUCUCCAAUGAGCUCCAAUCAUCCUGGUAACUCUGGAGGAGGUGGGAGCACGUUCUUCAGCAACUCUUUAAAUGCCCUUCAAGCCAUAAGUGAAGGAGUGGGCAACCCUAUGCCCUCCCCUCUGACUUCUCCUCCCCCACACAAGCCUGACAGUUCCCCCAACAUCAACUCCACCAACCAGGUGUCUGCUGGACCUUGUAAACCAGGCCUCUCAUCUCACUCGGACUCCAAGAGCCCAGGUGGUGCGCUUGGUGCCGGAGGAGAGCAGCAGCACCCGCACACACCCACCAGCGAGGGCCCCCCUGAAAAACCAGACAGCCAGGCCAGCAGGGAGGGGUGUCCCACUGGGGGGGAGUCCAACCGUAAUAAGUCAGUCAGUCACAAGAAGCUUCUUCAGCUCCUCACUUCUCCGACAGAUGAGCUGGUGCCUUCUAAUCACACACCCAGCUCUGGUCCCAGCUCCACGCCUGAGACUAAAGAUGGAACGACAGGUGUGACCAGCCCAUCGUCCUCCACUGGAGUGUCCUCCUCCACAGGGGGGAAUCACGGUGCUGUGUCCUCCUCUAUCGGUGGCAGCCAUUUCUCAAGUCAAUCACUACAGGAGAAACACAAGAUCCUGCACAAGCUCCUACAGAACGGGAACACUCCUGAUGAGGUGGCUCGAAUCACAGCUGAAGCCACCGGGAAGAGCAGUCUGGAUUCAGGAGGGGUGGAGUCUGGGCCCGCGGCCUCUGGGGGGGGUCGGGGAGCAGAAACAAAGCAGGAGCAGCACAGUCCUAAGAAGGAGAAAUCCCAUGCCCUCCUGCACUACCUCCUCAACAAGGAUGACUCAAAAGAAGGUGGUGACAUCAAGCCAAAGCUGGAGGACCUGGAGGGACGGGGUCCUCAGGCGGGGGUCAGCAGCUCGGACCCUCACUCCAUGGACAGUAAGGUCAAGUUGGAACCAUCUGACGAGACGGAGACCCUGGAGACUAUUUUAGGUGUCCCUCGAAACAACUCAGGCUUUUACCCUGAACCAGACUCUAGAGCGGGAAAGGAAGUGGGAAACAAACAAGGGAAUAUGCCCGACAGUUUACAUGAUGGGGAGAGGGGCCCCAUGGCUCCAGGUCAGCGUUGUGCCUAUCAGAGGGCCCUGUCCAUGGACGCUAAGCCCUUGGGUGGAGAAGGUGCAGUAGGAGGAGGCCUGGCUGGGAGACGGAAUGUCCCCUGUCCCACACUGGUCAAACAGGAGAACAUGGACCCUCCCAUCCGACACGGGGCCAUGCCAAAUGGGUUUUCAGGAGGCAUGGGUCUGUGUCCACCACGAGGCAAUCUGACAAGAGGAAUGGGCCGCGGAAUGGGGAUGCCACAGCGCCCCCCUAUGGCAGGACCAGGUGACUGGGGGAUACCCAGGUCUGGCACAAACCCUGUGACUGGUCCAGGACAUCCAGGCAUGGGACGUGGUGGUCCGAUGGGAGGUCCCAUGAUCAACCGCUCCAACAGUGUACCUGGAAAUUCCAGAUCUAUGCUGCAGCAACAGCUGAUGGAUCUGGGUCCCAAUGACACCAAUAUGGGCAUGAGUCCCUUUGGUGGACACGGCCCUCCCCCGCAGUCGCCCUCUUGGCCAGACUCUGCCAGGGGAAUGGACAGACCACAGGCUAACACUAACAGGGACCAGUUUACUCAUCCUCUAGAUGAGUUGCUGGGGCCGUUGGCCAACAGUGAGGGUCCAAAUGAUGAACGGGCUCUUCUGGACCAGCUGGACUCUCUGCUCAACACGGCUGAUGUCAUGGCUCUACAGGAGAUUGAUCGAGCACUAGGCAUCCCUGAGAUCGUUGGCCAGACCCAUGGACCUGAGGGCCACCAGCCAGGCCAGGAUCCAGGCCAGGGCCAGUGCCCCCCAUCGGAGCCGUUCCCAGGUCCAGACUCCUCCAUGGGGAUGGACCAAAAGCCUGUGUAUAACCAGGGCUACCCCGGACCCCCAGGACCACCGUCCAUGGGCCUGCAGCCUGGGUACAGUGGAAACACCCUGCAGGGCCAGUCCCCGGGGGGCUUCAACCCCAUGAUGAAUCAAAUGAACCACGGAGGGGGAGGGGGCUUCCCUGGCAUGACGGGCAUGGCUGGGAUGGGGAACCCUCGAGCAAACAUGUUGAGACCUCGUAUGAUGAACGCCACCAAGCCUCUACGACUGCAGCUGCAGCAGCGACUGCAAGGACAGCAGUUUAUGAACCAGACCCGACAAGGCAUGAAGAUUGAAAACGCCCCCGGUGGAGCCCCCGCCAUGCGCCCAGGCAUGCAGCCUGGCAUGCAGCCUGGCAUGCAGCCUGGCAUGCAGCCUGCAGCCAUGGGCAACCAGCAGGGCUUCCUGAACGCCCAGAUGAUGGCACAGCGUAACAGGGAGAUGAUGACCAUGCAGAUGAGGAGGCAGCGCAUGAUGAUGCUAAUGCAGCAGCAGCAGCAGCAGCAGCAGGGGCAGGGGGCUGCAGGGGGCUUCAGUCCCCCCCCAAAUGUCACAGCACCAGGAGGCUUGGACAGCGCAAUGGGAGGCCCCCCCAUGAACCAGGGGGGACAGCAGGCCUUCAACUAUGCAGGCAACUAUGGACUCAACCAGCAGGGGGAUCCAUCGUUCAUGGCUCCAGGCAGCAGCCCACCGGGAAACAUGAUGCCUGGGCGCAUGGGCGGUCCCCCUCAGAACAACAUGAUGGCAGGGAUGCAGGGGAAUCCCCAGGGUGGGCCCAUGUACCCCCCAGUGGAUAUGAAGGGCUGGCCUCAGGGCGGAAUGCAACGCAACAACUCCUAUCCUCAACAGCAGUUCCCUCAGCAGGGGAACCAGGGCCAGUUUGGACCCAUGAUGAUGAACAACAGCAUGGGCGGUCCUGGUCCGGUGAGCGGUGCCGGUGGAGGACAGAUGGGACAGAUUCCUGGACAGAUGCAAGGGCAGAUGGGCAUGAGUUCAAUGGGAAUGGGUCGAAUGCCGAUGGGACAGGACCAGAAAUACUGCUGAAGACCUGACCUGUGGACGUUGGAUGGGAUGGGAAGCCUUUCAGUAGCACAAUGUGGACCUACACACACACACACACACACACAUACACACACAGCGUAUCCUGCUCAUCCUGGUCGAAGUGGAAUAAAAGGCAGACGUCCUCAGACUGUCCCAAACAUGGUGGGACUGUCUGCAGUACUCAGCUCCACAGCCAGGAGGCACUACAGGACCACGGUACAACUGUCUGUGGCUGCACUUUACCUGAAGGCUUCUGGAUAGGGUGGGGUGGGGUGGAGGGGGUGAUGCAAUAUGUCUUGAUCAUUACAGCCUUACUAGAGAUUGAAUGCCUUCACCACAGUGGGUUCCUUUGUCUUUUCUGUCCCUCCUUUACAUCAGUCCCUCUGAAAGUCGUUUGGAAGCUAAAAGCACAGUUUAUGCAGAUCGGAGCAAUAAGUCAGUAAGUGUGUUGUGUACGCUUCAGCCUGUACCUGAGCGUCAUUACCCCAGUUCAGACUAACCAAUGGUACUGCAGUAUUACAUGUUUCAAAUGUCCUCUGUGAAUAUGAAUUGUAAAUAUUUGACAAAUCUAUCAGACAUGCUUUUUAAAGGCCCGUUAUUGCACAAAGUAUCAGACCUGGAUGUAUGUUUGUGUCCCGUAGGUCAAAUACUGAUUUGGUUCAUUUUGCUUUUAUUUUUUUAUUUUAUUUUAUGUUUUUUUUAUGCCUUUGCAGAUAUUGCAGGUGCCCCCCAGUCAUUUUCUGAAUGCUGUAUUUGUUUCCGUAAACGUAUGUAUUACAUGUUUAGGCACUUUUACUUGUUCUGAGGAUGUGAUGAGCUGAAGGUUCAUGUGUCAUGUGAUCAGACGUCUGUUUGUUUGAUUGGACGGCGCUGCAGCUGAAUUCUGUUCCAACGGCCCAAACAAAAAUGUGUUGUUUUUUUUCUGUUUGACGUGUUUUGUGUGAGUUUGUCUGCAGUAGCGUGAAGACGAGCGGACGGUCCGGAGCAGUCCGACAGGCCCAGUUCUGUCACAGUUCCUUCCUUCCAUCGGCUCAGUCUGUCCAGUGUGUUUUCACUCACACCGUCGUCUUCUUUUGACUGUUAUUCUCAACUCGCUGAAUCUACCUUUUCAACACGCGCAAUCCAAAGAUAUUUUUCCACAUCUUUGUAUAGUUUCUGAGGUUUCUGGUGUACAUUUUUAACGAUAGGUGUUCUAUUAUUCAGAUGGGAAAUGGGUACAUAUCAUGGGUCUGUAAAGGCAUAUAGAGGCAGAGAUGGAGCAUCGUUCCACAGCAGCAACGCUAUUGGUGCAGUUUGAGGAGGACAUUUUAACUCCACCCACAGCAAAAAAGUUUGACAACAAGAAAAAAAAAAGAGCAUGUUUUUUUUUGCUGUGAAAUAAAAAUACGGAUGGAAUGAACUCCGCUUGAAGACAUAUCAAAACCAAUUCCAUUUCUGCAGGAAACAAUGUAAUUUAAUGUCCAGAUUUGGUUACUUCAGGAAAAAAGGAAGUUGGUGGAGUUUGAAGUUCAAAAACAAAAAGAGGCUGAAGAUCAUGCGGUUGCUUUUGUUUUUCUGUUUGAGGGGAAAGAUGAGCUGUCAUUUUACAGGAUGUAUAUUACAGAUUUUUUUUCUGUUGAUGUUGAUAUUGAUGUAAAUACAAAUUUCUAUUUAAACAUU